CUGUUAAUGGCAGUGAGCAGAAUCUGAAAGAGCUGAAUGUAAUGUUUUCCAAACCCUUGAGAGAGUUACUGUCAUUGGAGGGUGAGGUGGAUGAUGUUUCUUUGAUAUCGAUUGAUAGCAAGGGGACAGAUAUUCGUGUUCGUCAAGGUGCAGAGUUUAACAUACAGAGGUUGGUGUUUGAAGAAUGGCAAGGGAUUAAAACAGUGGUGGAAGCCAAAGCAGCAUUGUGGAAGUUAAUAAAAAGAGGUGGUGUAUACACUGUGCACAAGUAAAAAAAGAUCCUGAUUUCCAAAAUGGUUUGGGUUUUGUGUUUGUUGUUAUUUGGAUUAGGAGGUUUUGGUUUGCUAGUUUGACUGAUGUUAAUAAAAAACAAUUUAAAUUAAUAAGAUGGUUUUAAAAUAACGAUUAAAAUUAAUAAUAUGGUUUUAAAGAA